UUUCCCAAAGUAGAAAGAAUGUUUUUAUCUUUUAGGUGCGAGUGUGGCUUUUGUGUGGUCAUGAGUACAGGACGGGAAAGUAUAUGUUGCCAAGAGAUAAACAACACUGAUCCUCUGAUACAUGGCGAUCAUAUUUGCAUCACACAAGAGGAAGAGUUUGCCACAGUAUGUACAAACGAAGCUGUCUUAAACAGCUAUGGUCGUGUACACACAUGACAUUGGACCUAUGCCUGAGAGUGAAGAAAACAAAGCAUUACGCUACACGGCGUACCGACAGUGGACGACUUGGGUGCAUGGCAGGUUGGGAAAAAAGUACCGACACCUUCUUGUGCUGUGGACAAAAUCCGGAAAGCAUUUCCUUCGCCUUCUGGAGAAUACAAAGGAUUUGAAUAUGCUCAACACUACUGAAUGCGAGAUUUAUGUUGCUUAAUGGCUUCAGCUUUGCUGAUUUUUGAUUUGUGGUGAGUCAAUGGGACAGGUAUUUCUUUCACUCCAGCGACAUCAAGAGCUUUGGAGAGUGUUGGAUUAAUGCGUCUGCAGUACAAAACUUCUUUCAUCAAGUCCUUAACAUAUCCUGAAAAGAAGAGGACGAGUGUAACAGCCAAGGUCAAGGCUCGUUAAUUUCAUUAACCCAAAUGCCAUAGUUGCUUAAACCUAAACCAUUAAAUAAACAAAAACAAUAUGCCCAGAAAAAUCUCAAUGACGCAGACAAAGGCGUGACAUUGACGACAACAGGAAUACUUGGUAAUUAUAAAAGCUCUCGCUGCAAAGAUCAACCCAUCCGUUCACCAAUUGAUUCAACCUAACUAUCAAAGUAAAAACAAUGGCUCAACCAUCAGUGGUUUUCUUCUUCGUCUUGAUAAGCAUCGGUGUUACCAGCUUCACAGAAGCCAAACAAUCUUCUCACUGUGUUCAUGGAACCACAGUUAAAGAUAUACUCAUGCUUGCUGGAAUCAAGGGAGCGGAUUUACUCUCCUACGUCGCCAAAAUGAAGGCAGAAAAUAUUGAUGAAACUGUCCUCUCAAGUCUAACGUAUAAACAACUUGGUAACAUUGGUAUAUCAAAGAUUGGAGAUCGUCACAAGUUGCACAAAUUCCUUUCAAAGGAUGGAAAUGACUGCAACAACUCCGUGUGUAAAAACAAGGGCAUUUGCCGAGAUGGUUUUCGAUGUUUUUCAUGCAUUUGUGAUCCAACAAGUGGGUAUUAUGGUCUGACUUGCCAACAAAAAUGUCCAUGUUUAAAUGGAGGUGUUUGCAAGACAGUUCCUACAGGUUUUAAAUGUGUCUGCCCGCCUGGCUACUCUGGCAAUCUAUGUAAGGUGAAAUAUUUAACUGAAGAAAGAUUUCUUCAACUGGAGAGUUCCGUGAAUCAGUUAAGCUUAAAGUUGAAACAAACCGAAACAGAGCUCGAAUCUCAACGCAAUAAUAGAGGAUUAUGGACAUUACGACGAACAAAUGAGAUUUUGAAUCAACUGGAGAAGAUACAACUGCAUCAGGCAACUCCAACCUACACGCAGGCAAUUCCAAUAGUUCUUCCCCAAAACACUCGAGCUAUCAUUAUUUCCGUUUUCUGCAACUUCUGGAACACCAAAGGACAUGCGUACUUAAACUAUGUAACCCAUCAAAAAGGAAAUGACGACAGCUCCGCGAAAGCUGAAGGCUACAACACGCAUUUCAAUGUUUACGCAAACACAUUCUUGUAUGAACAAAUGAUUCCCUGGAACACCACUCUCCCAAAUGAGCUGAUUUUUAAAGUAACAUCCUCCCGCCUUGACGGUGGAGCUAAUAAUUGGUAUCGCGUUCGUUUGGUUGGUUAUGUGACUGAUUAACUAAGUCUGACAUAUAUUUACUUAGGAAAAACAAACUUGCUGGUAGCACAAGUAGUCACAAAAUACAAUGUUUCAAAAGAAAAUGUUUUUCUUUGUUUGAAAAUGUUGUAGAAGUUGUAGAAGUAAAAGGUUUUGUAGUCAA